GGAAAAUCAGCCGGGGGGGAUACGAAGAUUAUAUCAAGUGGAUUUGACAAGUCACUCAGUCCAUGAGAAUGGCUCAGUGAGGCCGUUGUGACUAAAGUGAUAGCAUAAUGGAUUUCCACCGAGUUUAAGAGCAACAGCGGAUUUUGGGAGCCCAGUACAGCUAUCGACUGAAGUUGGAUACCACCGUAAUCACUGCAAUGACGGAGUCCUCAAAACCGCCUUUAGGGAGGAGAAUGAAGGCGCGUGCCCCACCUCCGCCGCUGGCUCCCCAACCUGCCCCACGCCACAUCUUCAGAAACACUGUACCUGAUGGAGGAGGGACAUCAGGCAUGGACGCCAAGGAGAACAUGCUGAGGCCCACUGUGGAUUUACAGCUAACUCUACCACAGGGAUAUCAGACCUCUGUAACUGAGGAUGGCAGUAAGGCGCUGAUGGACCUGCUGGUCGAGCUGUGUAGCCGCUACCACCUGAAUCCUGCACUGCACACCCUGGAUCUGCUGUCACCCGAGGGCCACAGUUUGGGGUUCAAGCCCAACGCGCUGCUGGGCUCCCUCAACGUGGCCUGUGUCCUCAUCAAGGAGAAAGUUUGGGAGGAGAAAGUGGUGCGCAGACCAGCGCCCAAAGUGCCAGAGGAGGCAAGGCCAGUGAAACCUGUAAGGGCCCAUGCUAAGAAAACAGUACGUUUGAUGGUGAACUACCACGGCAGCCAGAAGGCAGUGGUACGCGUCAACCCCUUGGUACCACUCCAGACUCUGAUACCUGUCAUCUGUGACAAGUGUGAAUUUGAGCCUGCACAUGUCCUGCUCCUGAAGGAUAGCGUCAGCCGCCACGAAUUAUCACUGGACAAAUCUCUGACAGAGCUGGGGAUCAAGGAGCUCUAUGUACACGAUCAGAGUCUAGACUCCAUUUGCUCCAGCACUGCCAGUUUGGGCAGGGCAGAGAAGAAAGGCCUGCUGGGUAUCUUCCAGUUCAGCAGGAGGAAAGUCAAGACAGAGACAACAUCUAUGGACAUGGAUGACUGUGAUGAUAAAGUCAUCCUAAAUACAAACACAGAAUCCAAUGGUCUGUCCACAGGUGUCUCCAGCAUAGAAGAUCGGCCCAGCACCUUGGGCCAGUCUCAGUCCGUCAUGAACAUACCCAGGAUGUCUCCCAAGGCUGAGGCCAAGAAGAGGAGGGCCCCAGCACUUCCCGGGGCUCCAACCAUGGGAAACACUAGCAUCGAGGGCUAUCAGAUGGGCCUUGGCUCAGAAAGCCAGCAGAGGAAAAGAAAGGCUCCAGCCCCUCCUCCCAAUACCCCAGGGCCAGACGACAUGUCAACCUCUGGCGCUCCCACCCCGGAUAGCUACGCAACCGAAAUACCUACCCCAGCCUUCCGCACCAAGGUGGCACAGUCAACCACCGCCUCUGCUUCCACUGUGGUAACGCACACAACUAAACCAGUCCCCUUGAAAACAGCAGUACAACCGCCAUCUGUAUGCGCUGUCACAGCAACCUCCAGCUCCCUGACCCAAAGCAGCAGCACUGCCGACAGCCUCGCGGUCCAGGAUUCCAGCUCUGAACUCAGCCACAGCCUCGAUGACUCAGACGCUGACCUAGACCAAACUGAUUCCCACUGCAGCAGCCUCACCAGCAGCACAGUGAGCGGGUCUGUGCGGGUCCAGCCCGCUACUAAAAGCUCCAGAAUCAGGGUGAAAGAAUCAGAAGAUGCCAGCAGCAUGCCUGCCAAAUUAGAUCAAGAGGCGACAUCAGCUAGCAGCUCCAGGUCGGAGACUGAGUCGGCCCUAAACCUGAAACUGGAUGAAGUUGAGAACAACAGACACAGCGCAAUGGGAGCCACUGAUCGACCAGCGCCACCCAAACCUCGUCGUUCCCCGGCCCGGGAGCCACCACAGCUUGUCCUAUCCCUUACCCCGUUCUCCCCUCCCCUUGAGCCCACAGAAAGCAACUCCCCACAGAGCCCCACGGAGGCGGAGGAAGCAGCUCCCCAGUCUUGGCUUCACUCCAUGCGGUGCUCCACAGCCAGUGGCCAGAAACCAGAAACUGGAACACCCGAGGAGGAGACCAUGUCCUUGGGCAGCAGCAGUGGUGGCAGCAGCCUGCCCGACCAGGGUUACGCCGCCUCUGAGGGUAUGGCAGAGGGCGAGGACUCAGGCAUGGUUAGCUCUCCAUCGGACGCCCAUCCCACAUCCCCAGAUGGGAGUUUGUCCCUGGAUGGAAUUAGAGGAGGCGGAGGAGAGAGACUGCUGCGACCAGUGCGGGACAAUUCCAGUGACAGCGAUGAGGGAUGUGCUACCUGGGGAUCAAGACACAGACAUGAUGACAUCAACCCACAGGCAAAGUUAGGCAGGUUAAAAGGCUAUGCAGAUGACCCGGAGCUCACAGCCCAGCUCCAUCAGACGUUGGCAGAUUUUGAAGCAAACCUUGAAGACCACAUAGAUAUGGUCUCAGCAAAGGAGACUCCCUAUACCAUGUCCACAGACAGUAACGAGGUGCCGGUGUCUGUAGUAGACAUGGAUGUGCCAGUCACAGCCAUAGAUGAAGUACUGGAGGACUAUGAACGUAACAUUGUAGAAAAAGAGGCAAAGUCACUAACCAGGACUGAGUCCACUGGCAGCAAAGGUCCUGUCUUUUGUCACCAGUCCAAUGUGGAGCCACAGAACAAAAACAACAAUGCUUGUACAGCAGCUGAAAGUAAGAAAAAGAGCAGUGCAAAUAAUAAGCAGCCCUCUCAACCUGAGCAGCAUCUGGAGAAAAGGUCUAUCGGUGAUAAAAAGACAGAAAAAAUACUAGAGACAAAGAUUAAAGAAAUAAGUAUCACUGAUACCAACAGUGCGAAAGAGGAUACACAAAGAACACCAGCAGUGAAACCUUACAGUGACAUGCAGAAACACAGAAAGAGCACUGACAUCAAACCUGAUCAUGUGAAAAGUAACGCUCAAUCUUUUCAAGAGAAGAAACCUGUUCUUCCAUCAACCAGUCAUAGAUCAGUAUCUACAGAAGGAGAUGAAGAGAUGCACAGUGUUUACCAAAAUAGUUCCAGCUCGAAUACUUCACAAGGUAAAAUCACUCGCAAUGUCACAUCACGCUUCGGAAUGAAAACUUUCACCGUGGUCCCUCCCAAACCCGCCAUCAUGCAUGCUGCUACGGGAGAGCCAACUUCCAAAACUGUUGGUGCCAUUAAGAUUGACGAUCAAGGAAAUAUGGUAAAAGUGGGGAUGUCCCGGAACAAAGCUGAUAGUUCAUCAGAGUCAGGAAUUAAUUAUAGCGAGGGGACUCCUCUUCUUGGAAAAGCCAAAGCUUUUUGGAGCUCAAAUGAAAGACAAGAAAGUGCUGUGCCCCACGGCAAAGAUCUCAUUGAUAAGGCAAGCACAGAUGCCCUGAAAAGUACUACCACUGCAGUUGCAGAAACUACAUUGAAGGCCAGUAACACUGAGGACCUGAAAAUGAAGCAAACUUCACUUAAUAAACCUGCAGAGAGAUCCCUGCCUGAAAAGAUGCUUAAAGAAAAAGCUAAAGAACUAGUAAAAGAUAUCAAAGUUGCAAAAGAGGAGCUGGUAGAGGUGGAGAGCAAGAUUUCAGUGUCCCACAAUGUUAAGGAGCCAAGUAAUCUACCUACCCUUCCCCCUCCUAUCCUGCCAGACUUGAAGAGAGACAUGUCCUUCCUCAAACCAUCCAGGCGAACCUCAAGCCAAUACGUGGCUUCUGCCAUCACUAAAUACACCCCAAAGACCUCAGCUAAGACCAGCUCCAUCCCUAACGUUCCUGACUCUGCUUCGUUAAAAGCCAUCGGUUUCCAAAGAUCAGGUCGGUCCAUACAAGUGAAUCCACACCAAUCUUCCCAGUCAUCUUUUUCAGAUAAUAAGGAGAAUGAAUCUAGUUCUAAAUCCAACCUUCCUGGUCCUAAGAGGUCCAUGAGCUACCCAGAGUAUGUGUCAGAUAGCCAGAGAGAUUAUGUAGAAGUGAGACCGGACAGAGGAGGAUUUAGAAGUUGUGUUGGAUCCACCAAUGGAAGCUCUAAUAUGCUGGAAACAGAAACAGCCAAGAAUAAGCACAUGCACUCUAGUGGCCCCACCCAAAUAAAUAUGACCGCCAAUCAUGACGGAGAUAAUAUUAAACAUAUUCGGCCUAGAAGCCCCAGCCCUGUACAAAGCCGUCCUCUACACUCAUCUGCCAAACCAACCACGGCUCCCAAGACUGUAUCUCAAGGUCAGACAAGUAACACGAGAGACAUGACGAAGGCUGCCACCCAUCUAACACCUGAUGCAAAACCACAACCUUCUAUCACAGUGUCAGACAGUGGUGUGGCCCCUGGGCCUCCAUCAGUGACACUGUUUGGGCCAGUUAAAAAGUUCAGACCAGUGAUCUGUAAAUCUGUUGACAAAGAGACGUCUCUACACAGUAGCCUGAUGGAGGCAAUCCAGACAGGCGGAGGCAGGGACGGGCUCAGGAAGAUAACCACUACUGGUCCCAGCAGCAUGAAGAAAGCAUCUUAUGUUGAGGAGGAGAAUGAGAGGUCUGCUCUUCUGGCUGCCAUUAGAGCUCAGAGCAACUCCGGAAGGCUGAGGACGACCAAAUCUGAGGCUGCUGAUGAGCUUGAGAAGUUCAGGAAGGCGGCUUCUGAGGAGGAGAGAAGUGCAGGCCCUCCCUCCUCACCCUCUCCCCGCUCUUUGAGUUGCACCCCUAUCUUUACCCCACCACCACCACCACCAGCACCUAUGAUUGUGCCUCCACCUACUCCUCCUGUCUUGCCCCAGGGCAAGUCUAACACUGUGGCACAUCCAAGUGCUAAAGCUGCCAUGAACCCUGCCUUGGCCCGGGAGGCUAUGCUGGAGGCCAUUCGCUCUGGAUCUGCUGCUGAGAGGCUAAAAAAGGUCACUGUGCCCACAAAGACAGUCCAAGUGAAUGGCAGGCUGGGAACAAUCCACAACACCUCCCCCAGCAAUAAGAUGGGAAGCUCACAUCACCGCAACAAGGAAUAAUUUAUCUUUUUUUGUUGUUGUUGCCAUUGUGCUUUCACAACAGACAUUUGGAAAACUGUAUUUAGUGAGGGAAUGUUAUUUGAAAGUUUUGCCUAACUUAUACGUGACGCAAAUUACGAAGAAUGAAAUAAGAAUAAAGAAUGGUUUCUUCAUGCUA